CCGUUAGAAUGAGCGCGAGCGUUCACGUUGCCUCAUUUCCUGUAGUUGAGUCUCAGGCGAGAGAGGGAGAGAGAUACGCUGAGACACAGGGAGAGAGAGAGAGAGGGAGAGAGAGAGAGAGAGAGAGAGAGAGAGAGAGAGAGAGAGAGAGACUGGUUCCUGAUACUGAGACACGGAAAAGCAGGGGAGGGAGAGUUUGAGGGGGAAAUAGAAAGAGAGAGAGAGAGAGAGAGAGGGGGAAUUACACUGACGGACACAAAAGCGUCGCGAGGACAAGCUGAGCAGAGAACCGCUCACAUCUUCCGGCUCUCCUGCGCGCGCGGACACGCCGAACACUGAAGCUCGCGGCAUCGACAGCGCGUGAACCCAGAACUCAUGGGUUAACAGACUCCGGGCAGAAGACGCAGCCACCCAGUAAAUCCAAUGAAUAACCGGAAGGAAGACAUGGAGAUCACGUCGCACUACCGGCAGCUCCUGCGCGAGCUGAACGAGCAGCGGCAGCACGGCAUCCUGUGCGACGUGUGCGUCAUCGUGGAGGGCAAAAUCUUCAAGGCGCACAAGAACGUCCUGCUGGGCAGCAGCCGCUACUUCAAAACACUCUACUGCCAGGUGAAGAAGGGCACAGAGCAGCAGGCCACCAUCACACACCUCGACAUUGUGACAGCGCAGGGCUUCAAGACCAUCCUGGACUUCAUGUACUCGGCCCACCUGGCGCUCACCAGCAAGAACGUCAUUGAGGUGAUGUCGGCGGCCAGCUACCUGCAGAUGACUGACAUUGUGCAGGCGUGCCACGGCUUCAUCAAGGCUGCGCUGGACAUCAGCAUCCGCUCCGAGCUGGCAGACGAACUGGCUGACAUGGAGAUGGGCAUGGUGGGCUCGGUGGGGGCCGGUAUGGGGACAGGAGGUGCAGGGGGAGGAGCCUCAGAGGCCCUGGCCUCUAUGAUCUCGGCCCGCAGCUCCUCGCCGUGGCUCAACCGUCGCACCAGUCCGGCGAAUUCGUCAGGGGACUCGGCCAUUGCCAGCUGUCACGGUGAAGGUGGCAGCACCUACGGCAAAGAGGACCCAGAACCUAAAAGCCAUGAGAGCCAGGACGACACCUGCUCGCAGACACUGUGGGCUGCCGACUACCGCUCUGUGCAGGUCAAAGAGGAGCAGGUGUCACCCACCAAUGUACGGGAUGGGACUGGGGGAGGAAGGGGGACGCAGGGAACGCCUGGAGAGCAAGGGAACGGAGGUGCAGACGGGAGCUGGCAGGCGCCGGGCUCGGGGCGCAGGAAGAACCGCAAGAACAAGGACACGGUCAGACACAUCACGCAACAGAACGAGGGGGACAGCCGGGGAGGGUCGCCGCUGCCGUCCAUGCUGUCCUCCACCAACUGGAACAACUACAACCAGGACAUUCCAGGUGCUGAUGAGGCUGAGCCCAGUUCAGACAGCCGGGGCGAGCGGAUGGACUUUUUCGUAAAGCAAGAGGAGGCGCUUCCCGGCGAGACGGGAUUCAUGGGCUCGUCGCUGGCGGCCGAGAGGGAAGACUCCGGGGGCCGGGGUCAGGAGCGAGGCGGCUCCGUGGCCAACCUGCGGGCAGCGCUGAUGAGCAAGAACAGCCUGCUGUCGCUAGGGGCUGAAAUUCUGAGCGAGGAUAACCCCCUGCUGUUCGACUACCUUCCCAAAGGAGGACACUCACUGUCCCUAAACGACUUCACGGUGAUCAGGAAGAAAUUUAAGUGCCCGUACUGCAGCUUCUCCGCCAUGCACCAGUGCAUCCUGAAGAGGCACAUGCGCUCUCACACAGGCGAGAGACCCUACCCCUGCGAAAUCUGCGGCAAGAAGUUCACCCGCCGCGAGCACAUGAAGAGACACACACUGGUCCACAGCAAGGACAAGAAGUAUGUGUGUAAGGUGUGCAGUCGCGUCUUCAUGUCAGCCGCCAGCGUGGGGAUCAAGCACGGCUCCCGGCGUCACGGCGUGUGUGCAGACUGCUCGGGCCGGGGCAUGGCUGCCCUGCUGGACCAGAACGGUGAGGACGCCUCCCCGGAGGAGGAGCUCCUGUACCCCGGAGACCACCGGUUUCCCGGAGACCACCGCUUUCCUGACGAUGGUGCUGACGGUGAGGAGGAGAUGAUGGGGGAGGCGGAGCUGAUGGGAGAGGGGGAGGAGGAGAGCAGUAAGUGGCCGGCAGACUCAGGGAUGUCGCAGCGCGACGACGGAGCCACGGACGAUGGCAAAGAGGAGAGCGACUCUGCCCAGGAGGGAGAGGCCAGGGCGGGCAGCGAGAAGGACUUCGCUUGGAUCUCCUAGUUCAGAGCCUGGAGGCCCGGUCCAAUCCUGAAGCGCCUGUUUCCCCUGCUGACGGGGUGUGUGCUCGUUCUGAAGCGCCAUAAUCAGAUUGGCGUGUGUGGGCAGAGCCACACAAACACACAUAUACACACACACACAUACACACAAACAAACAUACACUUAUACAUAUAUGCACACAAUCACAACCACACAGGUCCUAGAGAUGGAGGCAGGGCAGUCAGUUAAAAGUGGGCGGGGCGGUCAGUCUUCUCUUCCUGACCCUCGGUGUGCCCAUCUGGCCUGGCUUUUGCUUCGUCUCCCUCUUUCUUCCCUGGCGAGGACCGGACAGGAUACGUUUGAGCGUCGAUGUUUUAUAUAUCUAUAUUUUUUUCUCCUGACCGCAGAGAUUGAUUGAUACAAAGUGUCUUAGUUGUUUAAGCUGUCAAUCAGUAGAAUAUGAUGAUGAUAUGCCGACGGGUCAGACAACGGAAGCUUACGACCAGGGUGGUCUCGCCAUGCAGUCACCAGCGGGUGCUGUCUUAUCUAUUGCAAAGCUGUAUAUUUCAAAGGACUUUCAGCAGUUUUUUUUAGCACGUUGUUUUCAGCGAAGAAAAGCUGCCACAGACUUGCACUUUAACGAACACUUACUAGAUUCCUCUCAAUCCCUCGUUUCUGUGGUUUACAUUUUUAUUUCAAUUUACAAAAUAUGGACGAACACGGUGACCGCACCUACCUUUAAGUAUACGUGUCCUCAUGACUGUUAUAUAUGAAUAUUUGUGCAGAAGUUGCCGAUUAUAAUGUAUGCCUUUUAAUAUUUUUCUUCCUCUGCCACUUAAGUUUUCCUGAACCACGUGUACACUUACGAACACGAACACAUCUGAAGAUUUCCUCACAACGUAAAGAAAGACAAUGGACAAGAGAGAGAGAGAGAGAACACUAUGCAGAAAUGAAUCUUUCUAGUUCUCAUUGCUCUUUUUCUUUUUCUUCUGUAGUAAAAGAUAAGGAGUCGCAAAGGGAGAGAGAGAGAGAGAGAGAGAGACACAUAGGUACAUAGGGUUAGAGUGUGUGUAGGGUGUGUGUGCAUUUAGACAUAUUCCAAAUAACUUAACAUUAUUAUUCCAUUCAAUUCCAUAUCUCAUAAUCAUAAUGUAUGAAAUUGAUGAUUGUGUGUGUGUGUGUGUGUGUGUGUGUGUUUUAUUUGCAUGCCCAUGUGUGUGAGAGACAUGUAUGUGGGUCCCCAGAGAUGGCAGGGUAGUUGAAGGUGAUACGUUUAGGGAAAUCUGAAUCUUAACUACGACUAAAACCACAGAAAAUUCUUAAACUUAUGUAGACAGUUUAUUAUUAUAUAUGGAUACACCAAAUAUUCAGAUAUGAACAUUUGGGUGAAAAUGGCCAAAAAAAAAACUUCUGUGGAGAUUUUUUAUUUUGUUUGUUUUUUUGCCUAAAUGUUUCAUAUUGUUCAUUACUCAGAUACAUGUUUUAUUUUGUUCAGUUUUGGCUAAAUGUUUAUUUUGUUCGGUUUUAACUAAAGGUCUUAUUUUUUUCAGUUUCGGCUAAAUGUUUAAUCUUGUUCUGUUCCGGUUAAAUGUUUUUAUUUUGUAUGUUAUUCAGCUAAAUAUUUUAUUUUGUCAGGAGUCAGUCAAAUGAUUCAUCUUGUUUAGUUUUGGCACAUCAUUUCUCCUUUGGUGUAUCCAUAUUAUUAUUGAACUCUUAUUAUUCAGAACUCUCUCUUUCUCUCUUUCUCUGUCUGAGUGUACUCGACGGUUCUUGCGGUCGUGUCUGUUGUACAGAAUUCACUCUCUGCCUCUAUAAACCUCUGGAAUCUGACAGGGAGAAACCACGCCUUCCCCGAACACACCUGUAAUAUCCUUACUGCACAUCUGGAAGCAGAACCAUAUGCAUCGAGAUUUUCUUUAUUGAAGCGUUCCAGGUGUUUUUGAUCUUCAGUACGAUUCUCCUCCGUUUCUUUCUUUCUUUGGUUCUUUCUCUGGUUGAUAUGGGUUUAUAUGGAGGUGUAAAGGUUUUGUGUUGGAAGUCCCUGCAGUCUGGCGCAUGCUGUAAAGUGAAUUUUGUCUGUUAAUUUUGUUUGAUAGGUUAUUUAUUAUUAUUAAGUCUUUUUGUGAGAGAUUACUAGUCUAUUCCGAUGUUCCCUCACUUCGGUUUAACUCUAUCUGAAAAGGGCACAAACAGUGAAAACUGGAGCGUUCUGUGUGUUUGUGUGUGUGUGUGUGAAUGUAAUAGAGUUUAAGGGUGUGUGUCAGAGUAUGUGUGUGUGUCUCUUUUCAGUGUCUGUGCCAUUGGGAACAUCUGAAAAUGGGAAUUAAAUGCUUUAUCACUUACUAUGAUUAACAAAUUCUAAUUCUUAUCAUUGAUAUUGUUAUUAUUAUGAUUAUAAUUAUUAUUCUCAUUGUUAUUAUUAUUAUUAAGUGCUGGAUGCUAAGCUUUAUGGUGAAUUUUUUUGGUUAAACCUUUGCUCUUUGAUUUUUUGUACGAGAGCGUGACAGACUCAGAUUUGCCUUCUUUGUGGACAGUAAGCCGUGCGGCUUUUUAAAGAUCCAGUUCUGUUGUGCCAGUUCUGUGCGUUCUGUUCGAUAUUUCCAGCUGUAUAUUUUGAUUUAUUUGAAGAGAACAGAGAAGUCUGCGGGUUCUGUGCAGAGGCCUGUGGGUUCGAUGUUGUCAGAAAGGGAAAUUCCUGCACAUGCUUCUAUAUUACUGACGUACACUAAGUAAUGAAUAUUAUACCAAAAAAUAAUCUCGUAUACUUUUCUGUAUACAUUUACAUUAAGUGCUUUUGUUCCCGCGGUUGGUGUGCAGGUGCAAAGCUUUGAGUCGUGUUUUUUUUAUUCUUUUAUCUUUUUCUUUUCACUAACUUGAGAAUGCACAGAUCAUAUUUGGUGUCAUUAUAUAAUAAUGAAGGGCGUUUUUCAGAGUGUUUUUUUUUUCUUCCUAAGAUAAAUUGCAGCUUUAAUUCUGUUGCGCUUGAUCAGAGAUUUGAUCAGAGUUUCGUUGAUGUGCGCUAUACUGUACGCUGUCAGCCUGUACACUGAGGUAUAAGGCCUGCCACCGGCUCGGGGGGUUAGUCAAAGAUAUGUAUACUCAAGAUGCUCAGCGAAUGAGAAUUUGUACACGUUUGUGGACCUCAAAUUCCAUCAGCCAAAGUGUGUUGGCCAUUUGUUCCAUCCAAAUGCCUCCAAAACAUGGGACAUUUUUGCUUGUUUUUGUUUGUUUAAUUUAUUGUGUUCUUAACCUUUAAAUGAAAUAAAAGUCUGUUGAAAUUUAAAGAAGGAACAUGGAUGACAUCAUUUCAGUAUGCUAUAAAUAAAAUAACCAGUGACUGUAUAGAAGUAUGGACACCAUAUUUCCAUUCCCUUCUGUUCUGUAGAGAUGAAGCCAGAAAUGUUCAUCAUGUUGACAAAUUUGUAAACAGAGUCGGAGUCAGUCUCACAUACUCGUUGGGUGGAAUUAAUGAAAGGUCAGAGAACUUUGUACAGAAUGUAUGUUAAUCAAUAAUAGUAGUAUUGAUUAAUAGUAUUAUUGAUUAACUAGCUAGUUGGCUAACAGCUUGACUACAACUAAUCUAGCACAUUCUAAUUAAUGCAGAAAAAUAUUUGGCAAUAUUAACACAGGGAAACUGUAGGAAUUAGACACUGGAGACAGAAAGACAGUUUAGAGGAGAAAUAUAAGAUUGAAAAAAGGGCAGGGCUGUUUUUUCAUUGAAACAUAUGGGGAUGGGCGGAGCUACACAUGUUUCAGUUUUGUGGCUUCAUUUUUGAACAUCUUGCUGUUCAUGCUUUUAUACAGUUUUUGAAAAUAACAAUGCCAUAUUAUGGGUUUUGUGAUUUAAGCCAUGACCCUGUUUUCUGGUAACAUGACUGGUAUUAAAAUCAAGUCACCAUUUUGCUUUUUUACCGAGUCUGGAGGGGGUCUGAAUCAGGACCCUUCAUGAAAAUGUGCCUAAAUGUGUGUCUAUGUGUGUUUGUGGUGCCUCAGUGUGUAUGUGGGUCUGUGUGAGUGUGUAUUAGGGCUGCAACUAAUGAUUAUUUUCGUAAUUAGUAACCAAUCCCUGCUUCCUUUGGGCGUGGCUCCUGUUCAAAUCCAUGUUUUACCAUACUUGUUCCAGUCUGCACGCCUUAAAAAACAUAAGUUCCCAACCAAUUAACCAAUUAAAAUAAAGACCCCUAAAAAACAAGAAUAGUUUAAUCAAAUGUAUUUGUAAGGUCAAUACAUGUAAUCACAAUAAAAGGGUCCUGACAUUUAAUAUGAGACACUGAGAACUUUGAUAGUGCAAAGGUAGUUUAUUAAAAACACUGUUUAUACACACAGUUCCUGAAAUGAAUUAAAGAUAAAUCGACUGAUGAGCACUAAUGAUUAGGUAGGAUAGGGACUUCCAGCAAAUGCAUAAAGUCCAGCUGUUUCAGAAAAUCUCUAAUAUUCAUGCAUUUCCAUUGAGAACUAUCUGAAGGUGCUGUGUGGGAUUUAAUUGACCUUUAAAUGUCCAGAAGAUCUUUAGAUGUGGAACAAGCUGGUAUAUUUAAUGAGUAGGCAUAUGAUCUGAUGUGUUAAGACAAAAAGACCAAUCUAAAUGUGAACUGUGUGAAUUAAGCCACCCCCAUAGCAUUUCUGUUUAAAGCACUUUUUGUACUGUGUUUCAUUUACAGAUUACCAAUUUGUUGAGACUAAAACAUUGAGUCAACUUUUUCAAUGAUGUCCACUAAUUGCUGCAGCCAUGGUGUGUUUGCAGUGUGAAAAAUGAGCAUGUAUGCUAUGCUAACUCAACAUAUCACUUUUAUUUACGAAUGUUUAAAGCUUAUCUACUUUUUUCUAUUUCUGUUAUUAUUAUUUUUAUGUGUGUUUUUAUGAUUUGUGUUGCUUUGACGUUUCUGCUCACCCGUCUCUGUCUGUCCAACCAAAGCUACAAUCUGUUAAAUCAUAACUGUGUUCUGUUUAUAAAUAUAUCGCAAAACUGGACGAUGUGUAAUAUUGUGUGUAGUAAGUUUACAAUGUGUUAAUAUAUAAAUCAUCACCAAACUCUUCAGGCUUCAGGUCUGAACAUUAUCGAUGAAGAAACAAUGAAGCCAUAAAUGUGGUCGACUCAAGAUACUAUUUAAGGUUAUCUGAUUUUUUUUUUUAUUCUUACUAAGGACUGUUGUGCAUACUUCCAUAUAUAUAAAGAACAACAUUAUUAGACCUAUAUAUUAUUUAUUGUUUAUUGUUUCCUUUGUUAAAGUUGCCUUUAUUUGGAUGGGUUGCGCUUGAAGCCCUUAAGCUUUGUUGCUGCCGUUGCUUUUGAACUUGUCACUGAAUUUAUAGUCGUAAACUGUUCGCAAUGCAUCGCAAGAAAUGUCACGAGAGGAAGCGAUUUCAGUUCUUUGGAAUUUUUACCCAGAGAUUAAAAGGGUUUUUGUGCUGA